AUGUCGACAGAAGAAGAAUUCCAAGAAAAGUUAAAGGCAUGUUGUAAAAUGUGCCUUGUCUAUCUCGACGAUUUGAAAAAUGAUAGAAAUGUAGAAACUUCUGAUUUUAACACUGCUUCAUUUCAAGAGACAAUGGUCAAUCUCGGAAAGAUUCUUUCUCAUAAUGCCACCAAGUUUACCAUUUCUUGUAAACCACCUCGUAAACCCAAGGAUGCGAUUCAUAUGAUUAGCGAGAUCAGUAAUACUCUCUAUCGUAUAAUGGGGUUCUAUAAUACAGUCCCUACCAAGUCAGGAAGCAUGUACAAGAAAGCCUACCAGACUAUUAUUCGUGAAUUAUUACACGGUGUCAUUAGUCUUUCCGGUAGCUUUAUGACAGAGGACAAUCGUCGCGACACCAUCUCCUUCAUGGUGCCAACAGCUGCUCUUUGGGAGACUUGCAAAGAAAUGGAGCAAUUGCCCAAGAACAAUAAAGAAGCUGUCUUGACAGCCUGGAAGACAUUAGAAGAUACAUUAAAGGAUGCUAAAGCAGAGGUACAUGAUAUCGCCUCUGGUCAAGAUCGAUCAGAGGGCUUUGAUGAUAAUGAAGGAGAGGACGAUGAAACAGACUUAAACGAGGAAGAAUUGGAGAUCGCAAAGCAAUGUGCUAAAUUAGUAGACAUGGCUGUCUUUGUGAUGGAAAAGAUCAGUCGUCGUUGUAUUCGCGAAACUCAUCCUUCUGUAGAAUGGCUGGAUAAAGUGUAUGAACUUGCCAAUCAACUUGUCGAUGGUACUGACUUAUUAGUGUCACAAAUCUAUGAUGAAGAUGCCAUGACAAUGAAAGAAGAGGUUAAAAAAUACAUUAGUCAGUCUAAAAAAUUAGUCCAGAUUGCAAAGCAACAAGUUGAAGGCAGCGACCAUUUUACUUGGUUUUCAAUGUGUGAAAAUAAAUAUGACUCUAUGGAAAAUUAG